AUGGCUCGCAUAUUCAUCACCGGCUCCAGCGACGGAAUCGGUCAGGCCGCUGGAAAGAUCCUCUCAGACCGCGGCCACUCCGUUGUUCUCCACGCUCGAAACGCAGACCGCGCCGCCUCGACCCGCCAAGCCGUUCCCAACGCCGAGGCGGUCUUGGUCGCUGACCUACGGUCUAUUUCUGAGACGAAAAAACUCGCCGAGGAAGCGAAUGCCUUGGGCUCGGGGUCGUUCGACGCCGUCAUCCACAAUGCCGGAAUUGGCUACGGCUCCACGUCUAGCCGUGAGAUUACCGCCGACAAGAUCUCGGCGGUCUUCUCCGUCAAUACCCUCGCGCCAUAUAUCCUCACCUGCUUGAUGAAGAAGCCCAAAGAGCGCCUGUUGUACAUGAGUUCCGAUAGCCACUAUGGUGGGGACGAGUCGCUCCGGAACGUGACGCAGUCGCACUCGUACAGCGACAGUAAACUACACGCUGUGAUGUUGGCCAACGCCUUCUCGCGCCGGUGGACCGAUCUCCAGGUGGUGAGUAUGCACCCUGGUUGGGUCCGCACGAAGAUGGGAGGAUCGAUGGCGCCGGGUGGGAUGGACAAGCCGGCCAAAGCGCUGGCCGAUUGGGCCGCGGGGCAGGGGAGCCUGGCGAGUUUGGAGAGUGGGACGUUCUUCACCACCCGAGGUGCCGAGGCGCCGCACCCCGGGGCUGGCAAUGUCAAGCAACAAGAACAGCUCUUGACUGUCUGUCAGGAGGUUUCUGGGGUUUCCAUCCCUGGCGAAUAG